AUGAUUGAACAAAUUGGGGAUACUCGAAAAUUAUUUUUAAUUAGUUCAAUUCUUAGAAAUCGUGUAUUUUCAUGUAUAUAUUGGAAAAGUGAAUGUUUUGGUUUAGAUAGUGAGACAAUAUUAGAUAAAGCUAUACAAUUGGAUUAUGUAGGUAGUACUUUUGGACCAGAAAGAAGACCUUGUACAUUUUUAUGCCUUUUAGUCAAACUAUUACAGAUUCAACCAUCACUAGACAUUAUUUUGGAAUAUAUUACUAAUCCCGAAUUUAAAUAUUUAACUGCUUUAGGAAUAAUAUAUUUGCGUUUAGUGGCAUCUCCAAAAGAUAUAUAUAUAAAUUUAGAACCUUUAUAUAAAGAUUAUAGAAAAUUAAAAUGUCGAGAUUUAGAUGGUUCAUUUUAUAUUUUAUGUAUAGAUGAAUUAAUUGAUAGAUGUUUAAGAGACAAUGUACUAUUUGAUAUAGAUUUACCAUAUUUACCUAAAAGAUUAAUGUUAGUUAAAGAAGGUAUUUUGAAAUUUCCUAGGGAAUCAAAUAUUAAAUAUACUCCAAUGAAACUUGAAAAUAAGAUAAGAAGAAAGAAAGUAUGUAGGAGUAAUCGUUCACUUUCUCGUUCUCAAUCCCCUGAACAGAAAGAUUUGUUACCUAAUAAAAUAAAUAGAAAUUCAAAAGAAAUAAAUUUAUCUGUUGAAGAAUGGAAUAAAUUAAGGAAGAAUCUUGGUAUAAAACCUUUAAAAUAG